AUGCCAUAUAUUGGUUCGUCUUCUAGUUCACAGCAUUCUUUCGAUAAUUUGAAAGAAAAGCAUUCCAUCACAAAACAUGGUGCAUCUACAUCUUCUUCGAGAUUGAGUAUAUCACAUAGUAACGAUACAAAUAAUACGAAUACGACUACGAAUAAUAAUAAUAAUAACAAAUCCAAUACGAAUACAAAUAAUAAUGUUAACACUAACAGCACCAAUGAUAAUGAUAAUGAUAAUGACAAUAAGAAUAUGAUUACAAAUGAUAAUUCGAAAAUAAGUUGCAGCGAGUCUGACUCGCAAAGUAUAUCAUCUUCGACCAACACAAAUGAGCUUCAUCAACCUCCAAGCGUGUCAAUUAAUAGCUCGAGGUCCCUAUCCAUAAGUUCCAUGUCUUCUACAACAGAUAUAGACUCUGCGGAACUUAUCUCGUUGCCAAAUGAGUCGACUCAUGUUUAUUCUUAUAACCCACUAUCUCCAAACUCAUUGGCCGUUAGAUUGAAAAUUUUGAAACGUUCCUUGGAGAUCAUGAUAGGAAAUCCAGACAUGUUGAAGGAUCCUUCCGAUGGUUCUCUAAAACAUGCAAGACAUCUAAGUCAGGCUAUUGCCGAAAAUGCUGCAUUUUCAAGAGAUAGAUUCGAUUCACCUGGUCUCUCAGGUCAAUCUUCAACAAAGUUUAAUAAUUUUCAACAAACUAAAUGGAGUGCUCAUUCUGCAGCAUUGAAAGCCUUUGUCACAAACAGUGCAACAUCUUCCGCAAUUCAUAGUCCAACCAGAUCAAGCACACAGUUAUCCAAUAUUUCAAAUAUUUCAAAUUUACAAAGGGCUACUUCAUUGGUUUUUUUACCUGAUAAAUUAAAAGGUAUCAACAGCGGUUCUCAUAGUGACUCAAUAAAAACGUUUAGGCGAAUUUCAGAUGCUCAUUCUCAUAAUACUUUGGUCGAAAAUAAAGAAAGCUUUUAUAAAAAUAUUUCAGCUAGCCACUCAAAUGAGAUUGUCAAUUCGCGUAUGUCAGAUUUGGAAAAACUAUUAGAUCUAUUGAAUGAAACACUGGAAAAUAAUACUUCUGCAAAAGCCUCCGACUUGCACAUGAUCUCCUUAUUGAACAUUGAUAAAUUAAACAUAGGUAAUGAAUUAUCAGAUUCUCAAGGCCUAUCAAGAACUUUAUUAGAUAGUUUAGCUGAGCCAUUUUUUGAACACCAAAACGUAAACGAUGAAAGAAGUGUUGACGAUGAAAAAGAAUUACAAGAAGAAAUGCAUGAAUUCGUAGGCCAAGAUGAUUUAUCUUUCAAUAACCUACGACCUCAACAGGAUUAUGGUCGUUUAUUGCAUACUUUUACAUCAGUAAAAAAUUCAGCACCACAUGCUAUUUUCACUUGUACACAACAAUUCCCAUGGCAAUUCAAAGCUGCUAACGAUUUGGCAUGUUUAACUUUCGGUAUAUCCAAAAAUGCAUUGAGAGCUCUGACUCUGUUAGAUUUAAUUCAUUCCGAUAAUAGAAAUUUUGUUUUAAAUAAGAUUAUGACCAGUGAAGGAAAAGAAAUCGUAUUCUCUGGUGAAAUUGUUGCAAUUGCACAACCAGGUAAUAAUAAUUCUUCCAAUCUAAUAUGGGCUUCAUUCUGGGCUAAAAGGAAAAAUGGUCUUUUAGUCUGUGUUUUUGAAAAGGUCCCUUGCGAUUAUAUGGAUAUCAAAUUGAGUCUAGAGGAUUUUUCUGUUGAUGAUAUUAUAAAUGAGCAUGGUUUAUUUAAUGAAAAUAUCCAUUCUGGUAGUACUAAGAGUAUGUCAGAUGAAGCGAUUGAUUUAGACUCUCAGUCAACUAUUUCUAGUACUACUACAAAAGAAAACAAGAAGAAAUCAGUGAAGUUCGCAAAUGAGAUACAUGAUAUAUCUACUAUUAGUCGAUCUUUAGCAGAUGUUAUUCAACAGAUUGUUGAUGGUAAGCUCGUAGCUAAAGAUGAUAGCUUAUACCCAGUAUCAAUUAGAGUGUCUAAUCAUUUGAAUGAAAUUAGAUAUUUUACUUUGAAUCAUUUAUCAUACAAUAUACCAUGUGCAGUAUCUGCAUCUAUUCUGGAAAAUGAACUGAAAUUAAAAAUUCACAGUUUGCCAUAUGAGGCUGGUUUAUUUAUCAUUGAUUCCAACAAACUACAAUUGAUUAGUUUUAAUAAGUCAAUUUCCAAAAAUUUAUUUGGUAUUCAUUUCAAUGAAUUAGUAGGGAAACCGAUCACUGACAUUAUACCGUCUUUUGCAGAUAUUAUUAAAUUUAUUAGCGUGAGGUAUCCUGCAUUAGAUAUAACCCACCGUAAAAAUAAAGGUCUAGUUCUUACUGAACAUUUCUUUAGAAAGAUUCAAGCAGAAAUGAAUGGUGACGCCGAAGAUUUUUACACUUCAGUAGGUAUUGAUGCUCUUCAUAGAGACGGAUGUUUUAUUAAAAUUGAUUUCCAAUUGAGAGUUGUUAAUUCCAAUAUUGCAUUUUUAUGGAUAACACAUUCCAGAGAUGUUGUGAUAAAGGAUUACACUUCAACACCAUCACAACUUCAUAUGUUAAAAGAAACUGAAGUGGCAUUUGUUAGUAGUGGUAAUAGUUCAGCAACUUCUUCUAAGAGAUCAUCUUCUAAAAUAUCAGUCUCAUCUCUACCAGAAAUGACUCAGUUAAGUAUAGAUGAAAGUUUAUUAUCAAACAGUCAUAGUCAUAGUCAAACACCAAUAAAGGAGACCAAAAAUACUCUUGACAGCAGUAAAAGUGAAGCAAGAGAUGAAAUCAAAAAAAUUUUGAAAAUUGAUAAUGGUAUUGAUUUGAACGAUAAGGAAUUACAAGAAAAAUUGGAAUUGGCAAAAGUUUAUGUCAAGGAUAAAUCUCAAUUUGUAAAAGAAGGUAACUUCAGAGUUGAUGGAAGUUUGAUAAUGAGUAUGGCAUCGUCACCAAAGAGUUCAAAAUCGAACACAUCAUUGGUGACACUGGAUGAUUCUAAUAAGGUAUCAUCAUCCGAAAGUUUAUCAAAGGAAAAUAUCGGUGAUUCAUCAGGUAUACUUUCGUCGACUGAAGGAAAGACUACAUUUUUAUAUACACCUGAGCAACAAAUUGGUGCUCAGAAAAGAACUAAAAAAAUAUCGGACUUUGUUAUUUUACAAAAAAUGGGUGAAGGUGCAUAUGGUAAAGUAAAUCUAUGUUUGCAUAAGAAGAAGAAAUAUAUUGUUGUCAUUAAAAUGAUUUUCAAGGAAAGGAUUUUAGUAGACACUUGGGUCAGAGAUAGACAGUUGGGUACCAUUCUUUCUGAGAUUCAAAUUAUGUCAACUUUAAAUAAACACCCGCAUGAUAAUAUUCUAAGGUUAUUAGAUUUUUUUGAAGAUGAUGACUAUUAUUAUAUUGAAACACCUAUGCAUGGGGAGACAGGAUGUAUUGAUUUAUUUGACCUGAUUGAAUUUAAGACGAAUAUGAGUGAAGUUGAAACGAAAUUGAUAUUUAUGCAAGUAGUAUCCAGUAUUAAAUUUUUACAUGAUCAAGGUAUUGUUCAUAGAGAUAUCAAAGAUGAAAAUGUUAUUGUUGAUUCUCAAGGUUUUAUCAAAUUAAUUGAUUUUGGAUCUGCUGCAUAUGUUAAAAGUGGUCCAUUUGAUGUUUUCGUUGGUACAAUCGACUAUGCUGCUCCUGAAGUACUAGGAGGUGAGCCAUAUGUCGGUAAGCCACAGGAUAUAUGGGCGAUUGGUAUUUUAUUAUACACGAUAAUAUUUAAAGAGAAUCCAUUUUACAAUAUUGAUGAGAUUCUUGAAGCAGAACUCAAAUUCAACACUUCUACCGGGGCCUGUGAGGACUGUGUCGAUCUAAUCAAGAGAAUACUGACAAGAAAUCCGACAAAGAGACCCACGAUUGACGAAAUCUACAAUGACAAAUGGUUACAAUUCUAA